AUGGCAUCGUCGUGGGUACCUGAUGUCUCGCCGGAAAGCCCAUUCUCACUAGCAAACAUCCCAUUCGGCAUCAUCAGCACCCGGGACGACCCCGCGCCCCGCGCUGCCGUCGCCAUCGGCUCCCAGGUCCUGGACCUGAAGGUGCUGUCCUCGUAUCCGACCUUUGCAGGCGUCUUUCCGGCACUGGAAAAGCAUGAAAGCAUAUUCUCGGAGCCCACGCUCAAUGCUUUCGCCGCACUGGGACGAGCCACGCAUAGAGAUGUUCGCAAAACCAUACAGAACCUCCUGUCGGCGGACACGUCGCACCCAGAGGUCCUGAGGGACAAUGCAGAGCUCCGAGGUAGGGCAUUGCUUUCACAACGAAGUGUCAAGAUGCAUCUGCCAAUGAACAUCGGGGACUACACGGAUUUCUACGCGGGAUACCAUCACGCUCACGCUGUGGGCGUCAUGUUCCGCGGGCCGCAAAAUGCCUUACAGUCAAACUAUACACACCUGCCAGUCGGGUACCAUGGACGUUCAUCAAGCAUUGUGGUCUCCGGUACGCCAAUAUCUCGCCCCAACGGCCAAAUACUCCUCGAUACCGCUGCAGAACCCAAGCAGCCCAUCACUGGUCCUAGCAGGCAUCUGGAUAUUGAGCUCGAGCUGGGCUGUUUCCUAGCAAAGCCGAACGAGAUGGGGUCUCCAAUCAAGGUGACCGAGGCUGAGGAGCACAUAUUCGGCUACGUAUUGCUGAACGACUGGAGCGCGCGCGACAUCCAGACGUGGGAGUACGUGCCACUGGGCCCGUUCAACGGGAAGAAUUUCGCUUCAACCAUCAGCCCAUGGGUUGUGCUCGCAGAUGCUCUGGAGCGGUUUCGAACGAAGGGCAUCGAGAACAAGACGCCUCUGCAAGGCUACCUGAAGGAGAGCAGUGAAUAUGCCGUCUUUGAUAUCGACCUGGAGGUGGACAUUGAGACACCGGAGGGAGACACGACAACGAUAUGCACAACAAGCUCGAAACACCUCCUGUGGUCUUUUCCCCAGAUGAUUGCCCAUCACUCCCUCGGCGGUUGUCACAUGAGGACUGGAGACCUGCUGGGAUCCGGGACUAUCAGCGGGACGGGGCCGCGCGAAAGGGGCAGCUUGCUCGAGAUGAGCGAGGGUGGGAAGAAGGACGUCAUGCUGUACGGCAUGGACGUUCGGCGCUUCCUGAAGGACGGCGAUAGGAUCACGAUGCGUGGUGUCUGUGGGAAGCUAGGGGAGAGAGUGGGCUUUGGCGAGUGCGCUGGACGAGUACAGGGGGCCGUGCAACUGUAG